UUAGAGUUGGUGACGGUAAUUGUAGGAAGAAAAUCAGAUGGCAAUGUGUGUCGUUUAGCCACAUGUGCUCAAGGCGUAGAUGAACCCCAUGUAAUAACAUUUCCCGUCCAUACCCCUGAUAGUCCACUGGUGCCUGGCAAGCCUUCUUGGGCCAACUAUGUCAAGGGAGUUAUUGCCAAUUUUCCAGGACCAAUUCCAGCCUUUGAUGCAGUUAUUGCCACCUCAGUACCCCUCGGAGGGGGAUUAUCUAGCUCUGCGUCACUUGAAGUUGCCACCUACACGUUUUUGGAACAGUUAACUGGGAAAGAGCAAAAAGAUUUGAAAGUCAAGGCUCUGGCUUGUCAAAAAGCUGAGCAUAAUUUUGCUAACAUGCCAUGCGGAAUUAUGGAUCAGUUUAUUUCAGUAAUGGGCAAGAGAGGCAAUGCUUUACUGCUAGACUGCAGGUAUUUGUCUUGUAAUAUGUAAGGCCCCAUCCGCACUAAUACAUUUUCGUUUCAAAACACAUACACUAUGAUGUGUUUGGGCCUUCUGUCCACACUAAUUUGUUGAGCAUUAUGAAAACGCAUUGAUUUCAAGUGGAUCAAAGAUUUCAAGUGGAUCAAAAUGAAAAUGGUCAAAAAUGGUCAAAAUACAUUAAAAUUAAAAUGAUGACGGAAACUAUUGCAGGUGCCAGCGUUUGUAGUUUGGCACAGCGUUCAACUUACAUCACAACGUUCAAUUCUAUCAUUUUAAAAAUGGUUUAGUGUGGGCGGUUGAAAAUGUAACAAAAUGGCAGUGUGGAUGCGAAUUGAUUCAUGCUUUUUCAAUGAGAAUGAAAACAAAUACUUUUGAAAACACAUUAGUGUGGAUGGGGCCUAAAUCUGUGGCAGAUUUAUGGGAGGGGCACGAAGGGGACGUUAAUCUUCACUUUAUUUUUAGGUCAAACUGAAACCCACAGGGAUGAGAAAAAUUCUUUUCCAGGCCAAGCCAUACUCUUAUCUUAGGGUAUGGAUGAGAGGGCUAUGGAAUGGUUCUUCAAAAAAUGUGGGUCUUGGAAAAUUUUGGCCCAAUCUUAAAAUCUCGGAAGUGUUUGUGAUAGGUCUUGUCUCGGAGUCUCGAUGAAACCUGACUCUCACAGUCUUGCAAAGUCUUGAAUUUACCAUUCUACACCCCUUAUAAGUGAGCUCCCCACUUAAUAAUUUGAAGACUUGAAUUCAUCGAUAUAAUUCCUUUUGGAUUCAUGCAUGUGAUUGUUGGAAUUGUUUUCUACUUUCUGGGUGAUCGGUUCAUUUCCAGAAUACUGGAUGGCAAUCCCUCAAACUACAAUUUUUGUGGCUUCUGUGUAGAGUGUACCUUAGCAAAAGUUCGUUUCGUUUUCAAAUUCUUAUUGAUCCUGGUUGAUAUCAACAAUUUUGCAGAUCAAUGGAAGCCACACUUGUUCCAAUGACAAACCCUGAUUUAGCUGUCUUGGUAACCAACUCAAAUGUUCGACAUGAAUUGACAGGAAGUGAGUAUCCAACAAGAANACUGGAUGGCAAUCCCUCAAACUACAAUUUUUGUGGCUUCUGUGUAGAGUGUACCUUAGCAAAAGUUCGUUUCGUUUUCAAAUUCUUAUUGAUCCUGGUUGAUAUCAACAAUUUUGCAGAUCAAUGGAAGCCACACUUGUUCCAAUGACAAACCCUGAUUUAGCUGUCUUGGUAACCAACUCAAAUGUUCGACAUGAAUUGACAGGAAGUGAGUAUCCAACAAGAAGGAAGCAAUGUGAAACAGCAGCAAAAACACUAGGAAAACCCAGUCUUAGGGAAGUUACCAUGGCAGAAUUAGAAGGUAGGAUAGUACUUUACUGAAUAUUUAUUACUACAAACAUUAGGAGAACCCUAGAUUUAUUUGUUAUCACAGAUAGGUCAUUUAUGCUGGGGUAAUAAAAAUAAUAAUAAUAAUUUAAUAACUUCUAGAGCGCUAUUUACAUUCACUGAUCAACAGUGCUUAACAACUUAAAAAAACUACAAUAAAAUUCAAAUUUGUAAAGCUUAUAAAUUAUUACAUGUACAUGAAUAUUAACAAUGUAUAUUAAUAAUAAUAAUAUAGAAUAUUUAUAAAUAAAGAGGUGGCAUUUGUAGUUAUAAUGAUUAACCCUUUGGGUCUUGCAGAUGAAGGGUAAACAGCUAAGUAGAAUAUGAUCAACUUAACUUUUUAUCUUAGUUUACAUUCUGCCAAAGCUCAAAAUGGUGAUGGCCUGUUUGAGGGAGUUGGAGAGUUAAUAUUACACCAAGGCUAUAAUUUUUGCAGUUCAUAACUCCUUGUGCUAAAUUUUAAAGGCUGCAACUUUUUUUGCUCUUUGGAUCAAGUUGCCUAACCCUCUUAUCUGUGCUUCAAACACUGAAUUUGAAGGGGAAAGUAGUAGUAUUAGAGCACUGACCUUCCACAAACCUAGCCUGCAUCGUAUCGUAAUUAAACCUCGGAUAGCAACGUCUGCAAAGUAGCUCUGGAAUCCUUGUUCUUGGCCCCCAAUGGAUUCAAAGAAUUACCAGAAAUGGGUUUUAAAUUUCCUUUCAACCUGAUUUGCAAAUCAACAAUGGCUUUUUUAACAGGCCAAUCACGGCACGUACUCAAAUCCUGGUACACAGGUGGGGGUGUAGAACAAGGAUUUCGGCACUGUUUUGCAGAUGGACUUAACCGGAGUUUAAUUUCAUCUGUGGCGCAUGAGGCUACCAAAAUCCUGGCCCUGUUUGAAUAGCCUUUGUACAGCUGCCUCCUCCCCACAGCAGAGGAGAUAGCUGUACUCAGGCGUUGGUUUGAAACUCAGAGGCAGGUUUUGACAGGUUUUUUCAUAAGGCACUUUGGUUCACCCCUUUCAUCACGACUCAGAAUCUCACAAUUCCAGUUAGAUUGGUCAUUUAAGUCAAUAUUUGAGUCACUCAGUGCAUGUAUUUGCCCAUCAUCAACUUUCUCGUAACAGUGUCCACAUAUAAUCGAGGGAUAAUGUGAUUUAGAAUUAAUAAAAUGGUCAUCUAAGGGAACAAUGUGAUUUUUAAACAAAUUCUCUUAACUUAUUCUUUAAGGAAAUGUAUGGAGAUGAGUUUGGAGAAUUUGUAUGUGGAUUUUGGGACUCAAAGGGUUGAUUAUCUAAACAAUUUAUCAUUAAUCAGAUAUUAUUGUCUUCUUUGGUUUACACUAUUGAUAUAUUUUUUCCACAGCUAACAAGGGGAAGUUGGAAGAUGUUGAGUUCUGCCGAGCAAGACAUGUGGUCGGAGAGAUACAAAGAACCACUGAAGCUGCUGCAGCACUUGAGAAGGAAAAUUAUGAGAAAUUUGGAAAGCUAAUGGUGGAAAGUCACAAUUCUCUUAGGUAACACAACACCGACAGCAGACAGUACAGUACAUGUAGUGCUGAGCAGGCUGUAUUUUUAAAACAUACUAGUUUAAUGCAAUGCAUUCGAGUGGUAUACCACGAAAAAUCCCACAAGUGACUUGAUUUUCUAAGUAUAUACACAUGAGCCUCAUGCGAUUGUAUAAGGCGAGUGUACAUACAAAUUAAAAAAAAUCAAGUCACUUGUGGGAUUUUUCGUGGUAUACCAUGAAAGAAGCAUUGCAUAACUAAUUUAUCCCAUGCCAAUUAACAUCAUGACGUAAAAUAGGGAAAUCUCGACGUCACAGUCAAACUUGAAGAAAGCCACUUUUAAUACUACAUACAAUGGUUUAUCGUGUUGUUUACAACGUUGCUCCUGGAAAUUUUGGUAGAAUGAAACUUUUGUCUGUCACUAACCACUCUAUUUUUGGCGGGAAAAUGUGGAGGCCAUAAUUAAGUAUCACCUGGAUUUUUUCGUGAAAUACUACCCAUCGGAUACCACAGAAUUUGCAACAGAUUUCUAGCUAACUGAUUGGCUGCAUUCACUAUGGCAUGGGAUAAAUCUUCUUAUCAAACAAAUACAGGUGUAAUAAUUAUUGUUGCUUUCAUAAAAACAACUAACAAAUAUUGACAGAAAUCACAGACUUCCUUCUUACUGCCCAGCCUCAGAAAUUUAAGACAGUACCAGCUAUUGAGUUUAUGUACUAUUCUGGGAUCAGCCAGGACUCUCAUCAUAUGGCACUGGCCCUAAACGAUCACAGCUCUAGGAACAAGAAGAAUAGCUGCAAAGUUAAUCAAACCUGGGAGUGCAUUAUUGCAUAAAACAGUGAUCUGGUUUGUUAUAAAACCAAAAAAGCAAACCAAACCCAGAAGCAGAGUAAAAUAAUAUUGGUUUCGUAUAUCUUUUUUUGAAGGGAUGAUUAUGAAGUCAGCUGUGAAGAGCUUGAUUUACUUGUUAAACUUGCCAUGGAGGUAGAUGGGGUUUAUGGUUCUCGUAUGACAGGUGGAGGCUUUGGUGGGUGUACUGUGACACUUGUCAAACGGUCAUCUGUAGACAACCUCAUCAAGCACAUUCAGGUGGGUGUUCUGUAG